UAUUGUUUACUGAAUUAAUUCAGUAAUGUGAUUUAUUUAAUUCAUUGAUAAGAAAAAUGUUUCAUUAUAUUAGAUACGUAAGCAUGGUGAAUUGUUGUUUUAUCAGUCGAUGAACAUUUCAAGUUCAUAUAUGUGCUAGUAAAUGAGCAUACUUUAAAGUCGUGUAGUUUUAAACGAUUUGUUUAUUGUGGUUCCAUUCCAUGAUUAUAGACGCAUGUAUGAAAUGGAUUUAAUAUCAGGAUGACAAAUAUGUGACACUCACACGCAUAAUGUGUUUCAUGACAAAAAAUGUGACGCAUGCGCAGUAUCAAUUUUAACUGAACUGGAAAAUGCAUCACAAAAGUUAUGGCCAGUGAGCGUGAUCCAUGGCAGUAAAUGACAUCUUGGCAAUCAUUAAUAAGUCUUGGCAUGAGUAAGCAGAAUACUGGCAAUCUAAAACUGCCCUCAUAACUGUGCCAACGGUCAUGCAUAUAUUGCAAAUCGUUUUACAAACAUAGGCAUUUCUUACUGUAUGUAGGCAAAUUAUUACACAUUGGCAAUACUGGAAAUCAAAUUCCCCGGAAAAGCCUGGUAUCUGCCUCACCAAUGAAGGGCUUUCAACGGACAUUUUCAGAUAUACUGUUACUCGUGGUUUUUCUUAUACUUAGUGCUUUACUGUUUACAAUCUACACUAGUACUAAAUCAGUUACAGUACGUCCCGUUCCGUAUGACUUUGAAGACAGUUACACGGUCGAACCAGUGUUUAACAAAGUGUUUGUCAACAAGAGCCAGUUCGAUCUUCGCAUUAUUGUAAUCACUUACAACAGGGCAGCUUCACUGUUAAGGUUAUUAAACUCGAUAAAUAAUGCCGAAUACUACUCAGAUAAAAUUAAAUUAGAGGUCUGGAUUGAUAUUUCCAAGGAAGGUAAAAAAGACAAUGCGACAAUAAACACCGCGUAUGAAUUUGAAUUUAAACAUGGGUCAUAUGACGUUCACGUGAGAGAAAAGCAUGCCGGUAUAUAUGGACAAUGGCUGACUUCCUGGAAACCGGUGAAACAAUCUGCAGAGAUCAGCGUUAUUCUUGAAGACGAUUUAACAGUAUCACAGUAUUUCUAUAAAUAUCUUAAACUUGUGCAUAGGAAAUAUGACAGUCACCCAGAGAUCAACGGGUACGCUUUACAAGGUGUUUCUAUUAAACACCACGUACAUGACAUGUCCACCCUUGAGGGUCCUCCCGGAAGUUUAGUUUUUCUAUAUCCGGUUCUCGGCACGUGGGGAUUUUCUCCAGUGACGGAUAAAUGGAUUGGAUUUUUAGACUGGUUCUAUUCAUUACGUAACAUGAGUGACGUAAACCCGGAUAUACCAAACAAUAUUGCGUCAGAGUGGUAUAAUAUGUUUCUCAAAGAGGGAAAGGCAGACACCAUGUGGGAAAUUUGGCACAUAUACCACGCUUGGCAAAACAAUUUAUACACUCUUUAUUCAAACUUUCCUGGACAUGCGGGGCUUAGCAAUACAGUUACAGAGAAGCGGGCCUACAGCUACGGUUCUAGCGCGGGAGCAUCAAACAAACUUCUUCGAAGAGUGGAAGCGAGAAUAUGA